CGUCACUUCGUGUUGCGGACGGACGGUGUGUGCCGACUGCCGAGUAAAAACACGAGGAUCCCAAGUUGUUCCCAGCACAAAGCGCAGGGGAAGACGACGAACCUCGAGCAGCGCGGCCAUGGCGAAGCAGGGGGCGAAGAAGAUGAAGGACGAGAACAAGAAGCGCUUGGAAUUACUCUUGCGCAUCAUCCUCGUAUCCAACGCUAUUUACAUAGUGGUGAGGAUGGCUAUAAUGCAUUCAUCCUUCACUUGGAAGCAUUGGAUUGGCCUUAUGGUAACAUCAGCCGCAUAUUUUCUUCCAUAUAAGCAACUUGCCAGUAUGGCAAAGCCAGUUUACUCUGAUAACGGAGAACUACUGGAUGGUGGCUUCGAUUUGAGCACUGGUGGGGUUUGCGAGUAUUUAUAUGAUGUGAUCUACAUUACUGUCUUUGUGCAGCUGAUGUCUAUUAUUUCUGAAAAAUUUUGGUGGACAUAUUUAGUGAUUCCAGCUUUUGCUGGAUACAAGAUUUUCGGUUUGUUGAGAGGAACAUUUUUCAGUGGUGGCUCAGAGGGUGAAGUUGAAGAUGAGAAGACCCGAAAGAAAAGGGAGAAGAUGGAGAAGAAGGCAUCUAGGGGGAAGAUGAUCAAAACUAGGACUCGCUGAUAUGACAGUUGUGCCCUGUUGCUUAAAUGUUAGGGUGGUUUAUCAUAGCUGUCCGACUGAAUUCCAAGCUGUUUGUCAAAUAUUCUAUUGUGAAUUCGUGAUAGUGUUCAAUGAUGACUUGUUUCAAACAGUGAGUAUUACGUAGGAAAAAUGCCAGCUAAUCUCCAACUUGUCUGAUCAAUAAGAAAUUCCUGUGUAAUUCCUGACUCUUUUUUGACACACAAGUCAUACACCAACAUUGUGGCAUAGCAAAUGGAAUAUCGUAAAUACACAAUGGUGAACUUUUUUA